ACUCACGCACGCGACCGGGUACAUGGAUAAACGACCUGUCAGUUCCGCACGCGCACAAACACGCGGAUUGGGAUUACAACAACUGGAGUGGCGCGAGCGCAAGGCGCUCAUCUUUAUGUAAUGCCGUAUGUGAGCGUGAGUGCGUGUGCGCACGCGCUGGAACCAGGAGCUGGCGCAAGCAGGUUCAGCAUCGCCGCGGCGACGGUGGUUAAACGUCGGCGACCCGCGCGCGAUUCUGCGGACUCGUGAGAUUUCAGCGGUGCGGAUUUGACCCAGGAUACAGGAGGGCGCUCGAGCUCCACCGUUUUUCACGCGCGGCACACACGUACACCCGGCGGAUUCGGGGAGCGGGGUCCAGGCGGCCGGUGGUCGGCGGUUUAAAGCGCCGCGUGCAAGGCGGGGUAGCGCGGGACUCCUGGCCGAGCGGAGCCUCCCACGGUCCCGCCAGCAUCCGUCCCACCGCGCCUCAGCUCCAGCGGGAGGCCCGGAGCGGCGGCAGGAUGUAGCAGCGGAUUAACGGAGGAGAGAGGGGCGCUCAGAGGAAGAGAGCGGGAGCGAGCGGACAGAGGCGGGACGGACGGGACAUGGGGAAGGACCAGGAGCUGCUCCAGGCCGUCAAGACCGAGGACCUGCUGACAGCUCAGCGGCUUCUACAGAGACCUCGGCCGGGGAAAGCCAAGCUCCUUGGAGCAGCAAAGCGAGUGAAUGUCAACAUCCAGGAUGCCGAUGGGUUGUCGCCGCUGCACCACGCUGCGCUGAGUGGAAACAAGGACAUGAUCGCUCUGCUGUUGGAGGCCCAGGCAGCAGUGGAUAUAAAAGACCACAAAGGCAUGCGUCCCCUGCAUUACGCCGCGUGGCAGGGGAAGACUGAGCCCAUGAAGAUGCUGCUGAAGGCCGGCGCGUCCGUCAACGGGCAGUCGGACGAAGGGCAGAUCCCGCUUCACCUGUCGUCGCAGCACGGACACUAUGACGGGUCAGAGAUGUUGUUGCAACACCAGUCCAACCCGUGUAUCUCAGACUCCGCUGGGAAAACACCAUUGGACCUUGCCUGUGAAUUUGGACGCGUUGGAGUGGUCCAGCUCCUGCUCAGCAGCAACAUGUGUGCGGCGAUGCUGGAACCCAAACCCUCCGACCCCAACGGGGUGUCGCCUCUGCACCUCGCCGCCAAGAACGGACACAUCGAAGUCAUUCGGCUGCUGAUUCAGGCUGGCAUAGACAUCAACAGACAGUCUGAGUCUGGCACCGCUCUACAUCAGGCCGCCCUCUGUGGGAAGACAGAGGUAGUGCGCCUGCUGCUGGACAGUGGCAUCAGUGCAGGGGUGAGGAACACGCUCAGUCAAACCGCCCUGGACAUUGUCAACCAGUUCACCACCACGCAGGCGAGCAGGGAGAUCAAGCAGCUGCUGAGAGAUGCUUCAGCUGCGAUGCAGGUGCGAGCGCUGAAGGAUUACUGCAACAACUACGAUCUCACCAGCCUCAACAUCAAAGCUGGGGACAUCAUUACGGUUCUGGAGCAGCACUCUGACGGCCGCUGGAAGGGCUGCAUUCACGACAACCGCACUGGAAACGACCGCGUUGGCUACUUCCCCUCCAACAUGGUGGAAGUCAUCAAGAGGGCAGGUCACGCCCCCUCCCAGCAGUGCCACACCUUCCUGCUCCGCAGGCCAAACCCCUGUCCCAUUGCCUCGGUCAACGGACACUCAUACCCCCCCUCCAAAGUCCUCCCCCUGCAUCUGCCUCCUCCUCCUCCUCCCAUUCAUCCCAACACACAAUCCCUCCCUCGGUUCUCCUCCUUUGGGUACGUUCCUCUUCCCAUCUCUCCUCCUUCUCUGUCUACUCCUCCUCCUCCUCCUCCUCCUCUCUCCACUUCUCAGGAGCAGCAGAGUCAGACAGGUUCCCGGACGGCGGAGCUCAGUCCUCAGGGCUCUCCAACUCUGGGCCACCAGAGCAGCACUAGUGAGGACAUCUGGGUGCUACGCAAACCUCUGGCAGGCGGCGAGCGCAGCGGCAGCGUGGGCAGCCUGGGCAGCGUCCGGUCCUCCAGCAGCCUGCAGGGCUCUGGGAACACCCACGUCCUGACCACGCCGGCCCCCAGCCCCCACCCCGCACCCACCACGGGCCUCAACACACACGGCCUCAACGCCCCGGGCCUGCACGCACAAGCCGAGGGCGUGAAGCUGCUGGCCACGGUGCUGUCCCAGUCAGUGAAGGCCAAGGAGCAUCUUCUGGAGCAGUCCCAGUCUGUUGAGCAGUCGGCGAGCUCCUCCAGUUGCACGGUUCACGAGCAGCGGUCGUUCGAACGCAAGGCAGAGGAGGAUGAUGGGAAAAAGCAGGCAGUAGUGGCGUGGCUGGGUGAGUUUCAGCUGCAGUUCUACACCACCCACUUCCUCACCGCGGGAUAUGAUGUAGACACCAUUAGCUGCAUGACCUCUGAGGACCUGACGGCAAUUGGGGUCAUGAAGCCUGGACAUCGAAAGAAGUUAACAUCAGAGAUCAGCAAACUGUCCACAGACUGGCUGCCUGAGCACAAGCCUGCCAACCUCGCAGACUGGCUGUCUCACCUGGGUCUUAGUCAGUAUUACCAGGUACUGGUUCAAAAUGGGUAUGAAAACAUUGACUUCAUCUCUGACAUCAGCCUUGAAGAUUUGCAGGAGAUCGGCAUCACCAAGCUCGGCCACCAGAAGAAGCUGAUGUUGGGAGUGAGGAGACUGAAGGAGAUACAGAGAGGACAGAGCAGCGGCGAGCCUCCUCAGAGCCCCUCCACGCCUCCACCCAGUCCGGGCGGCAGCACCAGCUCCGAGCCACGGAGGGAGGCGAGGAAGCAGCGGGACGGCGUCCCCAGCCCGCUGGCCAAACCUCGGCCGGGCCUCACGCAUUCACAGACCCCUCCCCUCACACCCACUCAAACCCCCCCCCAGACGCCCCCACAUGCCCGGACCCAGCAGGCCUCUCCCAGGGCCCGGCUCCGGCCCUCCGCCCAGGUGUCAUCGGCAGAUUCACCGCUGCCACUGCUGCGCCUGCCCGGCGACGAGGAGGAGCGUCGGAGAACCCACAGUCUGAUCGGCUCGGAUUCGGACUCUAGAUACGCCACCGUGUGCCGCAGCAGCUCCGCACGUACGGCCGCCCCGAACGACGUCACUGUAAACCGCAGCCAAUCAUCCGUCACCCUGCGUCCCAGGCGGAAGGGUCGGCCUCCGACUCCGCCCAAACGCUCCUGCUCCUCUAUUACGGGGGGCGAAGGGGAGGGGGAGGGGCCGGGCGAGGGGCUGCUGGGACUGCCAACCUAUCGAGAACGGCGAGCCAGCGACUGCGGGAGCCUGGCCUCAGCUUUUAGAGCCCAGGAAUCAGCAGGCCUGGAGAGAUCAGAGGGGGCUUCUGGGAGCGUUCGCAGCCUCGCUGCCAUGCUGGAAACGUCCAUCGUGAGUGGAGCCAAAACGCUGCCGAAGAAUCUGGGGAGCAGCACCAACGCCCUACAGGUGAGUCCGCCUAUUCUUCGCCGCCAGGCAGGUGCAGGCGGUCUCGGAACUGAGGAUGAUGAUCUCGUAAGCCGACGCAGGACCAUCGGUGGACCGGAAGGCCUCCCUGGUGAUCAGGCUGAUCUGUUGCCUCGGCAACCAGCCCAGCAGCGCCCAGAGCCCCGGCCUCGCUCCACUGUGGUCGCGCCAGCAUCAGAGAUCGCAGAUGGCACGUCGACGCUCCGAAGGAAACCACGUACUCUGGCAACAGACACCGAAGCGCCUGCAUCCGUGGCUACCACUGUUGUUACCAUGACGACCGGCUCGGACACUAUACGGAGGAGACCGCGCACGUCCGAGCACGCGGAAAGUGUCAUUCAAAGCAAUAACCAGUUGGACUGUCACGGCACUCCAGCAGACCAGAAGAAUGGAGGCGAGCUGCAGCAGAACGGGGGCGUGGUCCUGAGGCGGAGGCCGGUGUCCGAGGUCUCUGACAGGAUGGACGCCAGCAGAGAGAGUUGUGAAUGGAUGGAGGCCAGAAAGUCCCUGAAGCCGCCGGUGUCACCGAAACCGUCCACAGUCAGCCUUAGGAAGACGCAAGCCGACCCCCCCACGCCAACCCGCAGGGUCCCCAUCCCGGGGCCCGAUAGUAGUGAGACAGCCCAGAGCCCUGAACCCAAGCGGGUCCCGCCUCCAGUUUCCCCGAAGCCGCGUGGGCCUCCAACAGCACCUAAACCAGGCAAAGCAAUAGUACCUCCUGCUUCAAUGAGCCCGAGCCCUGCUCCGACCAGCCCAGCGUCAGCCAGCCCCACCCCGGCCCCCAAACCCUCGCCUCCGCUCUCUGCCGCCCCUCUUCCUGCUCCCGACACCCCUUCUGCUCCCUCCCUUUCUCCGGGACUCCCUCUCACGUCCCCGUCUCCGGCCCAGAGUCCCUCCACGCCUUCGCCACAUCCUGUCAAACCGCCCCGCUCCUCCAUCGCCGGCCUGUCCAUCGACCUGCUGGGAGGGCGGGAGGCGGAGGAGGGGGAGGAGGAGGAGAGGAGGAGAGAACGGGAGCACAAGAGGCACAAAGAGCAGGAGGAGGAGAGGAAGAGAGCGGAGGAGGAGAGUAUGAGGGAGGAGGUGGAGACGAAGCCUUCGAGGAGGGAGAAGGCGGCAGAGGUGGUGCAGGAGGAGGUUCAGCACCGCUUGGAGGAGACGAGUGCCUCGAUGGCCGCCGCUCUGCAGGCCGUGGAGCGUAAGAUCCAAGACGAGGACGCGCAGAACGACUCUCGUUCCAGCAAGAAGACGACCGUCUCCAUCUUGGACGACAUCGGCAGCAUGUUUGACGACUUGGCAGACCAGCUGGACGCAAUGCUCGACUGAUCCCCGCCCCGCGCCCCAUCUCCGGCGGGCCCCUUGGCUCCCGUCCCAUCAUUGUGUGUAGGUGUGUCCAGGAAGCGCCGUCGAGGCUCGACGCCGGCGCUCCGACAGUGUGUGCGUGUUUGAGAGUGUGUCUCCCGCCCGCUCGAGCGCUUCUCAUGUAGCCUUGUACAGCGUUGCCGGGGAGGGAGCGCUCUCGUCGUCUGGUGCAGUAGCUCUAGUGCGCCUCCCGAUGCGUGGAGGCCGCUCCCACACAACCUCUGACCUCCGGGGCCCGGCGAGUCGCUGCCGCUCGGCCUCAGACGGCUGUGUGCACCGAGAAGCACAAUCAUUCUGCUCACCCUUUUAUCUCUACAGACUCUGGCUAGGACAGAGACGCUAACUCAGUCAGACGGGCAGAUAAGCAUAUUGCUAGCAAAAAUAAGCACAUAAACUGAGUGACAGACAGGCAGAUAGGUAGCUAGACAGGUAGACAUGAUGCAUAGGAUGAGACAGUGGGGAGAAUUUCUACAAGCACACGGACAGACGGGCCACUUUCUAAGUCUGUCUCCCUCCCGCGAUGUCAAAAGGACGACUCAUAGCUUCUGUUUCUCUUCUGUAUGAGUUGAAGAUUGUGGUUAGCUGGACCUCCUGACCUGUGUUUUGUCUCUGUUCACGUUGUUGUUGCUGUUGUUAUUGUUGCCGUUGUUGUCGUUACAGGUUUGUGUAGUCCCUGCUGAUGCUCACGUCGAUGUCCUCCCUCUAGUACAGUAGUUAUUCUAACGACCCAACAACAGUAUAGAUGUGUGUCUAUGACUUUUGAGACACGUUCACACGAACACACGCGCACACAUUACAUUGGUUUUAAGCUUGCUGGUGUUUUGCUUUGUUGGUGUUUAGCUCCAUCGUUGGAGGUUUGCUUGGUAAUGAAGUUACACAUAUACGCCACAGACACUGACUCACACACACAUUAACAUGCAAAGACACACACAUACAAGCACACUUGUGCGGUGUAUCCCUUUGUCCUGCUGCAGUGAACAGUGUUUUUAAAAGAUAAUCCUAUAUUUCAAUGCUUUAUAUAGUACACAGUGUACAUGCAUAGAGUUUAUAAUAUACUUGGCUAUUUGAGCUGUUAGAGCUCCCCCUAGCGUUGGUUUAGUGAAGCUGCCUCCAAUAUGUCUCCCUCCCUUUUAUCUCCCUUUGUGUCUGUUACUGUCCCUCUGCAUCUCUCUGUGCCUUGGUAGAGUUCUUUCAUAUAUUCCAAAUCAGCACCCCCCCCCCUCCCCUUUUUUGUUUCAGAUUCCAAACGUUCAAUUGUUUCUCUGUUUCCUUGCUCCGUGUGUGUCUGUGAUGGCAAACAUAGAUUAUAGGUUGAGCUGUAAAUCCUAUACAAUCCCUGAAGUCACUAGUCCUGUCUGCAGUCCUCCUGUAACCACUGAGAAGCCUGCCUUGUAUGAGCCAAUAUAACUGUAAGCUGUGUAGUAAGCUGGCUCCGGUCCUCCUCAGCUCCUCAGCUCCUCAGUUUUCAGUGGUCCCCCAUGUAGGCCAGACAGUGGAUAAACCACCAAUGUUCAUCCUAAUGAAGAGUCCACUUGUAUUUUUAUGCUCUUUGAAAACAAAGAUAUAUUUGAAAGACAGAUGGUUCUAUGUGAAUAAUAAAAAUAAUGAUGAUAAUAAUAAUUAUUAUGGAUAUUGAAUUGAGGUGAGCUGGUUGAGUCUGUAUAUACAUGGUUGAGUUCUGGAUGUGUUGUGACGGCUGUUGUGCCAUGGUUGGGUUUAGGUUGUGUUUCUGCUGUGACGAUGCAUUUCUGUACAGCUGUGAUCAGAAUAAAUGUAGAAAUUAAACCUUAUAUGACGUUUUAUUGUGUUUCUAUCAAUCAUUAUCCUAAUAGCUUAUUCUCGUAAGGGUUACAGGGGAGAUGGAGACAGUCCUGAGAUCCACUGGGCAAAAGCCAGAGUAAAAACAGAAUCACAUUCAUACGAUUACUUUAGAGUUAUCACAUAACUCAACUGGCUGUGGACAAGUCAUGCAAACACAAGGAGAAGGUGUGUAGCAGCAUUUAGAUGGUCACAAAUGUCACAGUUACACACAACGGGCUCUCAGGUGCCACCAGCAAAAUAAUUUGCUUUUUAAAUCACAAAAUGAGAAGUAAAAGUUUUUUGAUGAUUUGUGGCUCUUGUUUCUUGUUUGUAUCAGAAUUAAGGCGGUUUCAAAAUGACAUGCGCCAUAACGUCUUGACGUCAUCUGUGCGUUUACGUCUAUAAUGGGAUAUGUAGUUCUUUAAUGCUAACUUGCGUAACGUUACAUUGGAGUUGUUAAAACUGCUACGUCUUUGGAUAAAGAUUAAUAUUAAUGAAGCUCUCUUAAGUAUAGAAUUUAUAGAAAGCAAUAAAAGAGGAUAUAACAAUAAAUCACGAAACAGUUUCUCUUUGUUCAGGAAGUCCGACGUGUUCAGCUAACCGGCUAACGUUAGCCCGAGGGGAGGGGCGCCUGCGCAAGGUUAGACGGGACUCUAUUUGUUCACCGCUUCGGGUCCAAACGCUCUUUUUGUCGCAGCCUCGGAAGGAGAGAGGUCCCGUCCGUUCCUCAAAAUGUACAAUGUGGCGGUAACGAAGGUCCAAGAAAGCCCACGUUCUUACGCCGACUGGCUCAGAUCAACUGGGAGAAGCUCAACCGGUUAAAAGAGUCCAUCCAAGACGACCGAUGCUGGAGCUGGCAGACUUAAAGCGACGGUGCUGAGGUCAAUAAUUUGAUCGCUGAUGGUGGUUUAUGUCCUGGUAAAGAAAUGCUCCUUUGACCGUGAUUGUGUUUUCAGGGUGGUUCAUGUCCAGGUAAAGAAAUGCUCUGUUUGACGGUGAUUCUGUGUUCGUGGUUUCCUCACCCUGUGCAAAUGGGGCCACAACUGCUGCUGAUGUUCAAAUGUACCAACCCCCUAAGAAACUACAGUUAAUGUACAAAAGCACAGUGUAUUUAUUUAUUAAAGACUAAUUUUGUUUCUUAA